GGUCUCUUCAGGCCCGCACCACCAUGCAAACGAUCAACAGAUUCCUCUAUGGGCCAACUCCGGAAGAGCGAGUGAAACAGUGGCAGGCAAAGCUGCGCCAGGAGCAGCGUGUCCUCGACAGGGAGAUCAGGCAGCUCGAUGCCGCCACAAACAAGGCUAGGACAACGGUCAAGCAGCUGGCCGCGAAGGGUGACGUGAAGUCCGCGCGAAUACUGGCAAAGGAAGUCGUUCGCAGCAAUAAGCAGAAGGAUCGCCUGUCGGUUAGCAAAGCGAGACUAGGGUCAAUCAAUAACCAGCUCACGCAACAGAUGGCCAUGAUCAAGGUCACUGGCUCACUGCAGAAGUCAACCGAGAUUAUGAAGCUCUCGAAUACCCUGAUCAAGCUACCACAAAUUAGCCAAACAAUGCGCGAGAUGAGCAUGGAAAUGACGAAGGCCGGGAUAAUGGAGGAGAUGCUAGAUGAUACCCUAGAGAUGGACGACGAUGAGGAGCUUGAAGAGGAGGCCGACGAGGAAGUUGACAAGGUCCUGUUCGAUUUGACGAAUGGCAAGCUCGGUCAGGCAGGUACCGUGCAGACUGAAGUUCCUUCUGCGCAGGAACAGGUGGACGAAGAAGCGACGGAGAGAGCACUGGAGGAGUAUCGGCAGCAGCUCAACGGCUUGUUGAGCGGGUAGAAUUCUUGCGGACUCUGGCUUUGUAUCAUGACCAUUUAUCGUACCUUUCAUGCUUGACUUGAGGACAUUUGUGGCGUUGUCAAUGUAUAUUACUCUACUAAUACCACUUGCGCGCGAAUGCAUGCAUCUUGUGCAAAUGAGGCAGC